AAUUUGUUCAUCAAUUGCUUGUAUCUGUGCGUACCUAGGGUUAGGGUUUUAGAGUUAGUUUAUUUGUUUGUAUUGUUCCAUUUGUGUAGCUGAUGGUUUAAGUAGGAUUGAGUUGAUCAAUUGACCGCCUAUAAAUAAUAUUUCAAUACUGGAAUAUAUUUUUCUGAAGUUAUUGUUUGCUAAACAACCAGGAAUACUUGAAUUUAGAUAAUAAUUUGUCAAAAAAAAAAAAACUUAGAUAAUAAUAAUUGUGCUUUUGAUCUGUGAUUUGACUUUUUGUUUUUUUUACAUUUAGGCACGUCAGUGUUGCAAAUUAGUUUUAAAUGUUAAUUAAAUGGGUAACAUCUUUAGUUUUACAAAAUUCAAUUUCUCUUAAAAUAUAUUAUACAAACCGAAUAAAAUUGGGUCUUCCUUAUUCUUCCUAUAUAUACAAAAAGGUAAUAUAAUUUUUAAUCGAAAUACAGUUGCAGUACUCUCUCUAACCCAUUUCAGACUUCAGAAUUGCAACCCUUCUAUCUCUAUAUAUACCUGUACAGUUGGCUUCACCUUCUCUCUCUCUCUCUCUCUCUCUCUACAUGGCAUGGUAACCAAACCCAGUUCGGACCUUCUUGAAGUUCAAUCUUUGCUUCCUAAGAAUCUGAAUCCAUCGUCCAAAUUCCUUCCUUUGUCCCUUUAAUGGUUGCAACCAUGAAAAGGCACGCACUUACUCUUACUGAAUUUGAUCAACACUUGCAGUUCUCUUUCUGUCGUUCUUGUGAAGCCCACAUUGCCUUACAAUCAGAUUUUGCAGGCGCUGACACCACAUACAGUAAAGCCAUUUUCCUAGACGCUGUCAAUGUUGUAAUCGAUGGCCCAAACCGUCAUCGUACGGAAGGUACUAACAAAGUAGCCGAUGUUCACUGUACUAGAUGCAAUACCCUUCUGGGCUCACAAUAUGUAAGAUACUCCCAGAAAAGAGUUUUAUCUAUUAUAAUUUUGACUCUGUAUAAUUCUUCUAAUUGUGUGGUAUUGAAGUUGGAAACACCGAAGGACGUGUCAGAGCAGGAAGAUUUGGACCGUUUUUCAACGAGCUCCGUUUCUGGAAUGGAAGCGCUCCUCUGGCUUGGCAAUAAUUCAACCAGUUUCAAAUACACGGAUUGGUCACUGCACAGAGUGACAGGAUAUCAAUUUGAAGGGCUUCAUUGAAAUAUAUUUGUCCAAUUUUUUUUUCUUCAAGUUAGAAGUGAAAAAUUCUUCUUGUUAAUUUGGGAUAUGCAAGUGUUUUUAGUUGAGGAAUUCAAAUCAGAAGGAACAUAAUUUGAAUAUGCAUUUUGAAGCCGCUAUGAUAAGAAUCCUGUAAUCUGCUUAUGGUGUAAUAUUACUUGUAUAUCUUAGUUGCUUUAAAAUUUUCUUAUUACAAGUUUUUGUUUUUUUUCUU